AUGGAUCAAAAUAAUCCUCAAUCUUCAGACCCAAACAAUCAACAGCCUGACAACGUACCUCACGGCAAUCCGUGGGCACUAGAGCAGCAGAUCCCGGCAGCAUUCCCACAGUAUCAUCAGCAACAGACAGCACCUAGAACAAUAGAACAGCAAGGUGACCAGCAGUUCGGUGACGAACAACUCCGUUCGAUUCAACAACAACAGAUGCCAACAACACUCCAUCCGGAAAUCGAACGUAUGCGAGCACUUAUCAUACAAGAACAACAGCAAACAUCAGCAAGACAACAGCAAGAAAUGCUAGAAUAG